GGGCUUAGGGGAGUGACAUUGGGGUACUUUGUGACACCCUGUGUCACCCAGCCCUGCUCCCACAGUGUCUGGGAGGACAGUGUUGGGACAGGAUGGGAGCGAGGAGCCCCCAAGCACAGCCACCUCUGCCCCCACCGCCCCUGGGGUGGCAGGGGGUCCUCCUCACCCAUUUCCUCCCUCCCUCCCUCCUGCAGGAUGGCAGAGAGACCCCCUGGCCACGUUAGGCAGGCCUGGGAGGAGAAGGAUGGAGCUGCCCCGGCUCCCAGCUCCGGGCCAAAGCCCGACGAGGUGUGCAAGGUCCAGCUGCUGCGGGCAGAUCUGUGCUGCUCCACCUUGGCUGUGCCCACGGAGGAAGAUAAUACCCUGGACAUCAUUCGAGCCUUCCUCAGGAGCAGGCCAAAGCAAGAGGCCCAGAAGCUGAGGUUUCUGGCCUCCAUCUGCACUGUCUGCAGCACCACCAGUGUGGACUCCACUGUGUGGGACAUGCUUUACUUCUGCCAGCUGGAGGUGGUGGAGACCAUCGAGGUGCUGCUGCAAGAGGAGCCUGCUGGCCACCAGGGCAUCAUGGUGCAGCAGCAAGCCAUGCUGGCCAUCACCUCCAUGAGCAGAGCAGGGCUGCUUCUGCAGGAGAAGAAGAGCAGCCUCCUCUAUGCCUGCUUCUGCAGCAUCUUCCACUUGCCUCCUCAGGAGGACACUCAGGGUCCUGAUGCUUCACUCUACUCCAAGACCCUGGCCACAAUGGACAGCAUGCUGCAGGUGCUGGUACGCAGCGCCGGCACCCUCGGCAUCGUGGAGCUGCAGAACAUCUUGCAGCUGCUGCUGCCCUUCACCAAUUCCCAGCUGGCAGUGGUGCAGGAGAGGGCCAUGGCACGGAUUGCCAGGCUGGCCAACUUCAUCACUACCUACUCCCUGCCGCAGGUCUGCCCCUGCUUUGCACAAGCCACAGUCCUCAGGCAUCAGUGCUCCAAGACACAUCAGUUUGUGAUGCUGGGGAAGCUGGUGGGGCACCUCACCCUCUGUUGCACCUGCAAGGACAAGGGGACCCGUCACGAGGCUGCAGAAGCUCUCUAUCACCUGCACACCUUUGUCCUGCAGCAGAGAAGCAGGUGGCCGUGGCUGCAUGACACAGGGCAGCUGCAGCUCCAGGAGGGCUGGCAAGCAACGCAGCCCUGGCAGCUUUUGCAAACCAGCCACACCGGCAAAAUCUUCUUGAUGUUCACAAAAUACCUCCAGCCCUCCGACGGGGCAGACAUCAUCCUCAUGGCUAUCAAGAGCUUGAGAGCCCCAAGUGCCUACAGCAUCAGCCUGGCUGCCCACAUGGUGGACGUCCUUGUGGCGGACCAUGCCUUCCAGCCGGGGCAGGUGCUGAACAUCAUGUGGGCCAUCUACAGAAGCCUGCCCUCCGUCAGGGCGGUGGUAGCCCUCAAAAGCCUGGACAGGGCCCUGCUGGUGCUGAUGGGCAAACACCCCAGCGAGGUGGUGGCCAGCCUGCUGCAGUGCUCCCCGAUGUGCACCCAUGUCGCCGUGGCCAUGUGGAGGGCGAUGAUGUCUGAGCCCCAGGCUGCGGAGAAGGUGCUGAGGGAGCUGCUCAGCAUCCUGAUGAACCAGUCACUUCGCAAGACCUCCACCUCCACCAAGGACAACCCCCGCAUCCUCUCCCUGGCUGCAGCCAGGACAAUAAAUGAGAUCCUCCUGCAGUCCAUCUGCCUGUGGCAGGUGGAGGCAAUUUUCCCCCAGCUUUUCCUGGCGCUGCUUUUCCAAGUGUCGUUCACCACGGAGCUGACGCUGCAGGAGGUGCACAUCUUCUGGAGGGAGCACCAACAGGAUCUGCUCACUCCCAUCAGGUCUGCGGUGCAGUCCAUGAGAAUGCUGCUCUGCAGCAUGGGCUUUGAGAGCCAGGUACUGGCCAUCGAGGCGCAGGGUGGCUGGGACACCCUGCUCAGCUCCCAGACUCACCUCAUGGAAGUGCGCAUCAUCGCCAGGGAGAUGAUGAAGACCCCAAGUCCCCUGUGCUCCACCAUCUUCUGCCAUCUGGCAGAGCUCCUCAGUGUGGAGGACCCCACCUGGGAGAUGGUCGCCAUGGUCUUCUUCAUCGAGAUGCUGAACUGUACCAACCUCAGUGAAGAGCUGGACCGUGCCCUGGAAAUCUUCCCCAUGUAUCUGCAGAGCCAGUGCCUGGGGAUGCCCAGCCUGGUGCUCAGGGCCAUCCUCAGGCUCACUGAGAGGCCCGACACAGAAAGGAAAGCCCUAGUCCUGCUGCCGUACGUUAUGGAGCAGCUGCAGGGUGCUGACAGUGAUGCCAGUGCCGCGGCGCUGCCCGUGCUUGGCAACAUGCUCCGGCUGCUGGAGGGGAAGACGCUCAGCCUCACUGCCCUGGCACUGGCUGACAAGCUCCGGCCGCUCUUCGACGAUGAGCUGGACACCGCGCGGGAGCUCUCCAUCCGUCUCUUCCAAAUCACAAUGGGGCUCGUGGUGGGCACCGAAAAGAAGAAUAUGAGGAAGAAAGUGUGGGACAGCCUGCUGCCGCUGCUCUUUCACCUGCAUGACCAGGACAAGAGCGUGGCCAAGGCCUCCCAGGAAGCCCUCCGCAGCGCUGGCCAGUUCCUGAAGUGGGGGCAGCUGGCGCAACUGGCCGAGACGGCGCAGGCAUGGAGGAUCUGUGAGUGCCUGCUGGCCAGGAAGAGGAGCAGGGCCAAGGACUACCUGUGCCAGAGCCAGACCUACCUGCAGAGCCCGCAGGAGCCCCUGCGGCAGGAGGCUGUCAGGUUCAUCGGUAGGGCUGGCAGGAGGCUCAUCCGUCCCCUCCCCGAUGCUGCACCCCGGGGUCAGCCCUCCCCAGGGAACUGUGCGGCCAGACGGGCUGGGUGGCGGGGUCCCCAAUGUCUAGUGGGGUCCCUGACAUGCUGUGUCCCCCCAGGACUCAUUGGACGGGAUGUGGAUGAGCACAAGAAGGUGGAGUACAUCAGAGAGAUCCUUCAAGGCACAAGCAAAGAUACCAGCCCCCUGGUCUCCUCCCUGGCAACUCAGACGGUCCUCAUCCUCGGACGAGGAAGGCUGAAGUCGAGGUUUAACCUACCACGGCUGAGCUUACAGAUGCCGAGAGCAUGGAUGAGGUCACACUCAGUCCCCAGCGAGGACUCUGCUCAGGCAGAGACAAAGGAGGAGCCCCAGCCCUAGGAUGCUCUGCAGGCUGGGGUAUCUCCUUUUCCUGAGGUCUAACAAGAAAGAAGACACCUCAGCUGGAGGAGGACCCGGCACCCUCCAGAGAGCGGCAGGACAGCCACUCUUUCCAGUGGUCCAGGACAACGCCUGCCAACAUGCUUCGUCUUUGCCACAAAGCACCAGCUGCUCUGCUGGGCUGUGAAACAGAGGGAAGGAGAAGGCCAUGCCAGAGCCGAAGCCAAAGUUGAAACUGAAGCCUUCCCUCCCCUCUGCAGGGCCACGCCAGGGUGAAUCACUUUUUCUGCCUCCCACCGUCCAAGGAUCCUGCGCUGCUUUGGGCCGACGUGGCCAAGCUCGGGAGCUACAAAGCCACCGAUGC